CAUUCCCAGUAAAGCAAAGCUCUUCUCUUUCUCUUCCCACUUCACCAAAAAAAAAAUUUCACCUUUUCUUUUUCCUUGCUUUUUGUGUUUUCUCCGGUGCAGAAACCCUAAAACCUUUGAUCUUCACUGACCCAUUUCAUAUCUCAACCCGACCCGAUCUGGGUCCGAUCCCAUUUCUCCUUCUUCAAAUGAAAAAACCCAGAUAAAGUGUUCAAACAAAAAUUAGGAAAAAAAAAGUGAUUUUUCUUUUUUCUUUUUGGUUUCAUCUUGAGGGAGAAAUGUAUAAGAACCAGCUACAAGAGCUGGCGCAGAGGAGCUGCUUUAAUCUCCCUUCCUAUACGUGCAUUAGGGAAGGUCCCGACCACGCGCCAAGGUUCAAAGCCACCGUUAACUUCAACGGCGAAACCUUCGAGAGCCCUCACUAUUGUUCGACUCUCCGUCAAGCCGAACACUCCGCCGCUGAAGUGGCGCUCCAGUCCCUCUCUAAUCGUGGACCUUCUCACUCCCUCGCCGCUCGAAUCCUAGAUGAGACAGGAGUUUAUAAGAACCUCUUACAGGAAAUUGCACAAAGAGUUGGGGCUCCGUUGCCUCAGUAUACAACAUUUAGAUCAGGUCUCGGGCACCUGCCUAUUUUUACGGGAACGGUUGAAUUGGCCGGAAUCAGAUUCACCGGGGAACCAGCCAAGAGCAAGAAACAAGCAGAAAAGAAUGCAGCCAUGGCAGCUUGGAUGUCUCUAAAACUAUUGGCAAAAGAAACUGCAAGUUCUUCUUCGGAGCCAGAGAACAAUGAUGAGCUUGAACAGAUCACGAUAGCUCGGGCUUUGUUGAAUUACAGAAUAAAGGAAAAGAUGGCUAUGGCAAACUCCUCCAAUGCUCCAAUACUAUUUACAAAGAAGUUUCCUAGUCAGAAUCCUAGACCAACAAGUCCACAGCCUCCUGCUACCACCUCGAAAAUCCUUCCUUUAAUCUGCCCGAAGGUGGUUCCUCGAAACAGAUCUAUGUCAGCAACAGCAAAUGAGAAGCCCGUACAGACAUCAUCGCAAACACCUACUCCUGAAAGCCGUGGUGUUCGUCCACAGAAAUUCCCUGCAGCUGGAGCAGCGCCUUAUGUUCCCAUCAGACAAUUAAGGACACCUUGCUGUGGCAUUGCUCCACCAGUGACAAUAAGAACUGCAGUGCCUGUUUUCUCUGCACCUCCGCGUCCAGCACCAUCUGCAGUAUCUCCUCAGCCACCGACAUCACUGGUUCCUACUCAUCCCGCUCAACCAGCACAAUCUGUUCUUCCUCCUCAUCAACUGCCAGCGACACUCCCCUCUCAAGUGCUGCGAGCUCCUCCAGUACGAAUUGCCCAAGCAGUCACCAUUAGGCAAGUGGUUCCUGUAUUUGCUGCUCCACCGGUACGGAAAGAAGAUAAACAAUCCGUUCCUCUCAGAAAUGAAGAUAUCACAACCGCUACUGCUGCUCCCCCGCCUAACCAAUCACCUACUCAAGCAGAGGAAGCAGCAAGCACAAUAUUGAAGAACCUGCAAGAAUCUGAGACGGUACAGAGUUUAGAACAACUCAAAAUCUGAUGGCAAGGAAGGAUCGAAUUCCGAAUGGAAGCAAUGGAGUAAGAGCUAUGGUUUUGUGUUGGUAUCAAAGUUUGUUUUUGUUACUUUUUGUCAACUCAUAUAUGAGUGUUCUUUUUCAUUUUGUUUUCUUAGAAAGCUAAAGCUACAGUUUCUGCAGAUUAAGUUAGUCCCAUAUAAUUGCAGUUAAAGUUAGACUA